AUGGAGAUUUUAUAUAGAGCUUUGAAUGCCAUUACCAUUAAAGAUAGAUUUCCCAUCCCUACAGUGGAUGAGCUUUUAGAUGAGUUGCAGGGAGCACAAUAUUUUUCCAAGUUGGACCUCUGUUCUGGUUACUACCAGAUUUUGGUUCACCCAACUGAUGUUCACAAAACCGCCUUCCGUACUCACGAAGGACGCUAUGAAUUCCAUGUCAUGCCGUUUGGGUUAUCCAAUGCGCCGUCAACAUUCCAAGCGACUAUGAAGUCUGUUUUUCGACCAUUCUUACGGCAAUUCGUCUUGGUGUUUUUCGACGACAUUCUGGUGCUUCAGGUAUUGCACUCGCAUAAGCUCCAUGCAAAAUUAUCUAAAUGUGCCUUUGGCCAAUUAUCCAUCGAUUAUUUGGGGCACAGAGUGUCAGCCCAGGGGUAUUAUCGACGUUUUAUACGCCGCUAUGCGCAGUUGGCUGCCCCGUUAACUGACUUGUUGAAGAAGGGGGCGUAUUCUUGGUCUACUGUAGCUCAAGAAGCCUUUACUCACUUAAAAGAGGUAAUGACUACAGAUCCUGUCCUCUCUCUUCCCAAUUUUGGCCAUCCUUUUAUUGUAGAAACAGAUGCCUCGGGAGAGAGCAUUGGAGCACUUCUACUACAGCAGGGUCACCCCAUUGCAUAUUUUAGUAAAAAAUUACCACCACACCUGCAGCUGGCUUCAGCUUACGUGAGAGAGCUCUAUGCAAUUACCCAAUCAGUGAUGCGCAAAGACAAUAAUGCUGCAGAUGCACUGUCUCGUGUUAGCUACCCCACCGUGACCCUCUUUGCUUUCUCCGCACCCACUUUGGAUUUUUUGGAGCAACUUCGAGAAGAGGUAGCCAAUAACCCCGAGCUCAAGACCAUCUGCGCUGGGCUUCAGGCCAACCCCAACGACUAUGAGGGUUAUGCCAUUCGUAAUGGGCUUCUUUAUCAUCACCAACAACUAGUAUUAGCUUCAGAUUCACCCCUUAGAGAGCUAUUUCUCAAGGAGUUUCACGCAUCUCCGGUUGGUGGACACGCAGGGUUUUUACACACCUUCAACAGGGUCUCCACCAAUUUAUUCUGGAAAGGAAUGCGAGCCUAUGUCAAGCAAUAUGUGGCCUCAUGUGUCGUAUGUCAACAAAUGAAGCCAAUCAACACUUCCCCAGCCGGCCUUCUCCAACCUAUACCUGUACCAGAACAAGUUUGGGAAGAUAUUAGCAUGGAUUUCAUAAUGGGGUUGCCCAUUUCAGGGGGGAAGAGCAUCAUCUUUGUGGUGGUCGAUCGACUAUCAAAAUACGCUCACUUUUGCGCUCUCGCCAGCAACUUCACCAGCCAACGGGUCGCUGAAAUUUUUGCCACUGAUGUCGCUAAACUUCAUGGCUUCCCUCGUUCAAUUAUCAGUGACAGAGAUCCCUUGUUUUUGAGUACGUUCUGGCGCGAACUCUUUCGACUCCAAGGGACCACGCUCGCCAUGAGUAGAGCGUACCACCCUCAGACGGUUGGCCAAACUGAGGUGUUGAACCGUUGCAUCGAGAUGUAUUUGCGAAGCUUUGUUGCCGACGUGCCCCAACAGUGGCUUAAGUAUCUUCAUUGGGCUGAGUUCUGUAACCAAGCCGUAGAUCAAGAGCUGCAGUCACGUGAUCAGGUACUUCGGGCCCUUCGGCUCAAUCUCUCUCGUGCUCAGGCAUACAUGAAGUCACAGGCCGAUAAGAAGCGCAGUGACAAGGAACUGUUGUUCGAUGGCUAUCACUGA